AUGGAGAUGGAAAACAUGUACAUGGUGCAGACAUCAGACCAGAAUAUCUACUCUGCCAUCCCAUCAGGGGAGAAACAGCCGGGGAAACACGUAGUGCUGACUGUAGUGAGCCGCUCCAGACAGUAUGAAGGGGAGAAGCUAAACAUUCCCAUCACAAUUAAAGAGCUGCCCCAGAGUACACUCCCAGAGAUAUUCACCGGGGAGACGGUCACUCUGAGGGAACCAGGGUUACAGCUGCCAAAGGCUGUGCUCACCAGCAGUCCUCAAUGGGGAGAGCUGUACACCGGAGAGACUGUCACCCUGAGCUGUGUGGUUCAGGGGGGUUUCACUGGGCUGCAAUAUCUCUGGUACAAGAGCAGUCAGGGAGGCACAGUGAACAUCAGAGACACCGCUGGAGCCAGAUACACUCUCAGCCCUGUCACUCAGUCCCAUAGUGGAGAGUACCAGUGUGAGGCACAAAGAGGAGACCGACCACCUUCCUCUCAGCGGAGUGAUCCUGUUACACUGACAGUGUCUGAGGGACAACCAAAGCCUGCAUUGACAAGGGAGACUGCAGGAGAGAUAUUUGAAGGAGACACAGUCACCCUGAGCUGUGUGAUUCAGGGGGGCUCUGGUGGCUGGAGAUAUCUCUGGUACAAAGACAGGCAGGGAGCUCCAGUGUACCAGACUGACAGCAGCAGUGGAGCUGGAGCAGGAUACACAAUCAGUGCUGCUGCUCUGUCCCACAGUGGAGAGUACUGGUGUCGAGCUGGACGGGGCAGUAACACGUUUUACUCACAAUACAGCGAUCCCAUCUGGGUAAAUGUAACUGGUGAGUAACACAGAAUCUCCUUCCUUUUUACUAAAGCUUUG